AUGAUGGAUAUAGUAGGUGGUGGUGGUGGUGGUGGAAGAGGGCAGCUCCUUAAACACUCGCUAACACUGUUAAUCUUUGGACUUGUGCUUCUGUCAUCUUUGCAGGUGGAUACCAAGUUCAAGAGUCUCCACUGUGCUAACUACGACAAGUCUUUUGGCGAAAUUAUACUGUACAAGAUCAAGGCCAUCAACCGAGACAGGAACUCGAUAAAUAUUCAAUUCAGACAAAUAAGGACGAUUAAUAAUGUGCCCAUGCAUUUGGAGCUUUUUAAGCGAGCGAAUGGUUGGCGCCCUUUUCUGUACAAUAUCACAUUCAACCUUUGCGAUUUUCUGUCCAAGAGGAACAACUUGAUAGUGAACCUAGGAUUCGAGUAUCUCAAGCCGGACAUCCCGAUAACCAACUACACGUGUCCUUUCAAGGUAAACACACUUCACUAAAAGGAGCUGGAGUUUGACAUCAAAAAGUUCAGAGUACGUUUCCCGAUAGAAACGGGUGAAUACGCUCUGCAGCUGAGUUUCGUUGUCCAGAGGAAAGUCACUUUGACCUUUCAAAGAUCGGCAGAGUACUACAACUAUCGAGUUUAAUAAUUAUUGCAAGGGCACCUGUUCUUUGUUAUUUACGUGGGCAAAAGGACAUUAAGUAUAUGUUAAUAAAGUGUAUAUAUACUUUACUGUUGCAAAUCAAUUUAGCAUUAACGCCCUUACAAUAUUAUAAUUGGUAUAAAGAUAAUUUGGUAGCUCUCUAAAUUGAAUAUUCCACCGAACUUAGCUAAUGAGAUUUUAAGCUGUUCUAAAAUUUCCAUCUGAUUCAUUUUAGCGUUUAAACCAAUUCAGUUUUGCUUUAACUCUACAGUAAUCAUGUUGGCUGUGUUGAUUUUUAGCCUUUUGUUUCUGAAUUCGGUUGGGGUGGAUGCCAAGUUUAAGAACCUAGUGUGCACAGUGGAUAACGAUGGGUUUGGGGAAUUUCUUCUCUGCAAAAUUAAUCCUAUUAAUCGCUAUAGGAAUUCAAUGACUAUACACUACAGACAGAAAACGCUCGUUAACAAAAUAUAUGUGAGUUAUGGAUCCUUUCAAUCUGUCCCUUAAUAAUAUGUCCCCAAUAAAUAACCGCAGUUACGCAUAGAGUUCUUUAAGAGGGCUAAUGGCUGGCGACCCUUUCUGUACAACUUUACGUUUAACUUGUGCGAGUUUUUAAACCACAAGGACCACUAUCUCUUCAGCCUUGUUUACGGCUACGUAAUGCCCUAUCUCGGCAACAACUACACGUGUCCCCUUAAGGUAAGUUUAUAAAGGCAAUCCUUCAAUUUUAUUUCUGUACUCUGUACUUUCAGCCCAAUGAUGAAGUCCAAUGUAAUAACUACGAAAUGGAUUGGGAUAAUUUUCGCAAACGGUUUCCUGUCGAAACGGGCGAGUACGCCCUCCAUAUCAGUUUUAUCACGCAGAAUCAAGUUAAAGUAUUGCUAAAGGCAACUUCCGAAUACAAGAACUACAGAGAGCACUAGUUGCUGGAUUUUUAACAAUAAACGUCGAUUCACCAGUACUUAUCUCUAAGUUUAUUGGCAUAGAGGACAUUCGAUAUUGUUGUUGGGAAAGGGAGCAGUCCUGACAAGCAGCAAAGGCUUGACAAGACAUUAGUUGCAUAGCCAAAUCUAUUAGCCAAAAUUACAUUUUCAGUGGAAUUUCACCGUGGUUGAAUGGGCAGGCGGACAAAUAAUAUGUGAUUAGAGUUCUAGAAUGAAAUGCGGCACAGAUGGCCAAAGCAAAUCAGGGCAUGGCAAACACGGAUUGAAAGUGGGUAAAAGACCAAAGAAAACAAAACCCAGGACUUUGACACAAUAAUCAAACGAGGUGUCUGUCCGCUGUGUGUGUGUCUGCAAAGGAAAAACAAGUGGAGGGCUAGGGCGGGCAGUGGGCGUGGCAGGUCAAAUUAGGCCCAGUGUUAUCUAAUUAGCCAGCCACCUACGGCACGACACCGCUCCGCCCGCCCGCCCUCCUUUUGGGCCUGUGUGAAGUGGUGCCAGGCGCCGGCCAUCAUAUUUUGCAAUUUAACUCACACGAAAGAUUGUUGUCGGCCCUUUUGUCUUCUUUUUCAGUCAGUUUUUUUCACUCACUUCUGGCGCUCACUACGUACAUGCUCGUCCUUUUUUUUUUGCACGCGCUCAAGUUUCAUAACAACGGAAAUGCAAAAGUUUUGUGCAAAACAAAGCGCCAACUUUUUUAUUUCUCUUGGCAAUUAUGUGCUCAAGGCAAGAGACAGGGAAACGGACUCGAAUAAUGAUAAUGAAGCACACAAGGCUCGGCCAAAAGGAUUUUCGAAGAAAAAUGCACAAAAAGUCGAAAGCGAAUUGUAACGCUUUUUCAGAUUUUUUCGACGGGAUUUGCAUGCAAAAGUAUUUCACGGAUCCACAUGUGUGUGGGGGUAAUUUGUUUAAUUUGCCUGCCUUUCGGGCAUAAAAAAGUGAUAGAAGACCUCGGCGAAAGGCGAAUUUCGUGGCUUUAUUUCAGCUCUCUAUAUAUCUCUUUUUUUCUGAAGGUUGGCCGCCUUUUAGCUAAUGGCCAUGGCGAAUAUGAUAGGAUAACAGGAAAACAGCACGGUUGCCGAAAAACUAAAGCCAAACUAAAUUAAAAUAUUUUAAAUCCGGAGCUGGCAAAGUUUUAUCAAUAAAAUGCAAGCGGGCAAGUCUGUUGGUCUGUUCGUUGAUUUUUUCGCUUUGCCUUGCAUUUGUUUAACUGCAAAUCAGAUAGAGAUCUCCCAAAUGUCUGCAUUCGAGACCACACACAUGUGCACUUGGUCCGCCGCUCGCUCGGCAAUUGAAACAUCAGCAAUACUUGAGCCUCGCAAUAAGCCGGCAACUCGGCAGCCGACACCCCCACAAAACGGGAUGUUGCCUCUAGCCAUAAC